AUAUAUAUAUAUAUGUGUAAGCUCUAAACUGGAAAGCUGGUUAGGGGUAUAACGCAAAAUAGAAAUUCUGUUGACCUGAGAGUCGAAAUUUAGGGACUGUAAAAUUCAAAUGUAAUAUUCUUCGCAAAGCAGCCUGGGAAAACAGGCUGGUGUAAACAUGGCGGCCGCAGUGGGUAGACUUCUGUCCUUCAGUAAAAAUGCUAAGGUGCUCGUUUCACCUUUGAGGUUGUCUGUCGUACCUGUUCAUCGGUACAGCGUAGAGGUUUCCAGCACUGGAGAGCCCAUUACUCACACCGGACAGGUCUACGAUGCGAGCGACCCCAGGAGAGCCAGAUUCGUUGGCAAAGUGAAGGAGGUGAACAAGAACUUUGCCAUUAAAUUGGUGGCAGAGGAGCCGGUGACUGACGUGGGGGCCAGAGUGGUGUCCUGUGAUGGAGGUGGAGGAGCCCUGGGCCAUCCCAAAGUCUACAUCAACCUGGAUAAAGACACAAAAGUGGGCACAUGUGGCUACUGUGGAUUACAGUUCAAGCAGAAGCAUCAUCACUGAAACAUUUUCUCUGUCAUUGCUUCUCUGUAUAAAUCGCCAUAUUGGUUAAUAAAUUAUGUCUGUCUCUCUGAGA